GCGUUCAAUUUGUUGCUUUCCGAGACACUGUGAAAUGUUCAAUUAUCGGUUUUGUUGUAAAGUGAUGUAUGCGUGCAUGCAAGCCAACGCACCAAAUCUUAUCAGUAGAUAGAGACAACAAAUGUGACGCUUCAAUCGCAACAAUUUCAACACUGGAAUAGAACAUUAGAUACGAAAACAUCGUACGAUUUGUGACGGCCCUUUUUUCAUCACAUGCACCAAUUGAAGCGAAUAGACACACUGAGACCGGCAAAAGUCAUGUUGAAAAGUGAAAUUAAAGCUAUUGAUUAAAGUUUUAAUCAAAUGAUUCAAUCAUUGCAUGCAUUUGCCAAGUAGAAUAAAACAAUUGUAGAACAUCAACUUCACAUUGAUUUCAAUCUGAUACAGUUAUCAGGUGCAGAAUUCGUGUGUGAGUGCGGCAAAAAUUGAGUGUUGUCAAAUAUUUGGAAUAAUUCAGUGUUGAACGAAUCGGUUCAAAGUAGCAGAUAGCACCAGCAUAGAGAACAACAUUCGUCAUUCCAGUGCUAUUGUAUAAUUCCAGUGUGAUGAUAAUUCACAGCGAAACGACGCAAAGCUGAACUGAACUGAACGAGGAAAAAAACAAUGUUUAACGUACAUCCAUGUGACCAAAGGUGAAAAAGAGAUGCAAAACGGUCAAAACAAGAGCACAAUUUGAACUGCAGAAUAUUUAUGGUUUGUUGUUGUUUGUGAGUGUUGUGACCAAUGUGCACAGUAUUAAGCAGUGAGUUGUUAGUCAGUGUAGGAAAGAUCGCACUUCAUCGCCACUGUGAAGAGUGUGAAUGAAUGUGACACGAGAUGACAUAUCGUAAGUCGGCAUCGAUGAACUGCGACCGAAUCGUAAACACACGGGCAAAUCAAUUCCAAACUGUCAACGCAGAGAUUUGAAAAUAUGUGCUGUGGCACACGGAAAAAAUCGCAUUUGAUGACCGAACAACGACAGGAAAACACAUAGCGGGAACAACGACUGUAAUUUCUUAAUCAGUUCCGCACAACGAUCACAUUAAACGUGCAUUCGCAAUUCAUAAUUCCACUGAGCCAUCGUAAAGCACUAGUGAAAAACUGUAGCAAACGGUUUUUGUUUUUGCAACGAAAAGUCAACAAAAAAAAUCGCAAUAUUUUGAUAUUGUAGCAAGUUGAUUACUUCAAUUACAGCGACCUAGACACACAAUCUCAAGCGCAGCAACUAUUCCGUGAAAGAGUCGAUUUAACGUAUUUCAGAGUAAUAAAAUGCGACCCGAUGUGAAUUCACUUCAAUGAUCACAUUUGUAGUGAGUGCAAGUUGAGCGAAUAAUCAAAUGAGAAACAUUUGCAUGAAGGGGGGGGGGGGCGGCGCCCCCCACAGUGAAAUUUUGCUAAAAAUAAUGAACUUUAUGUGCUAAGCUAAAUAGAAGUGAAGACUGUUCCAAAAAAAAAAAUUGAGGCUGAGAAAUUAAUUUGUUGCCGUUUUUUUCAUGUGCAUGUUUUGUGUAUCGUAUCAUAUAAGAUGAGAAUUCAAUUUCGUUUUUUUCUGUUCGUCUGUUCGUCUGUAUACAAUCAGGGUGAAAAUUGUUAAUUGAAAAUUGUGAAAUCGCACAGAUGAUGAAUUGCUAUCGCAGCCUGUUACACACAUUAUCGACGUUAAAUGAAGACACAAUCCAGACGAGUGAGAAAAGAGACACUAUAAAAACAACAAUUUUUCAAUCGAUCCCCUUAAUUAGCUGGGCCGAAAAGAGUGGAAUGUACUGAAUGUGUUAUGUGUUUGGCGAUCAGUUGAAUUCGUGCGCAGUUAAUGGUUUCAAGUGGCUGUCGCGCUGUUGUACCUUUUUUUUUUGCUUUGCAUCAUUCUCGGUUGUGUAUGGUGUGCGAAAAAAAGAUUUGCCGAUUUCAAAGCAACAAUUAAUAACGAACAUUAGCGCCACAAGUGAGUCGAAACGUUUACAUUGAACGCAAUAGAGCGCGGCGACAGUGUGUAAGAGAAAGACAAAUAGGACAGAGAAGGGUGAUCGGCGUGUAUCGCAUAGUGAUUUGGAGUGUGAUCGCAACGUCUGAACGGCGUUAGGAAAUCCAAAGUCCAAAAUUCAAGUGUAAACGAAGUUUAGCGCCCUAAACAUUGACAUUCUCAAUUUCGACCGAACGUCCUUUUUUUGUUGUGAUUUUGGUCUCAUGUAUGCAAACAAAAUGUUUCAAAUAUCGCGCAUAUCGAACAAAAAUAUCAACGAUAAUUUCGCAAUAAAUGAUGGCAGUUUUUUUCCACGACGAAAAAAUCCAUACGAUAUUUUAAUCAAAAUAUCGAGAUGGACCAUCUUGUGCUAUCAUCUGCGAUCUAUUUUGAUUGGUUUAUGGAUUUUAUUGAAAUGGUCAUUCCAAUUCUUAUGGCAUUCGAUACAACAGUCAACGAAACAUCAGCAACAAUUGGCACCCAUCGAUUUGCAUGGAUAUUUUCAUGACAAGCCGCCUCCGUGUCUUGUCGACAAUCGCAUCGGACUUCAAUCAUAUGUUAAGCUCAAAGGCACUAAAUUGCAUUAUAUCGAAGCCGGUGAUCGAUGUGAUCCCCUGGUUUUGCUGCUCCAUGGUUUCCCUGACUGCUGGCUUGGAUGGAACAAUCAGAUCAAAGAACUUUCGCGUUUUUUUCGUGUGGUUGCCCUUGAUUUAAAGGGUUUUAAUGACUCUGAUAAACCACAAUGGCGCAAAGAAUAUACACCAUAUAAAAUAUGCGACGAACUGUUGCAAUUUAUCAAAUCGUUGGGGUCAAGUUCUGUGAUAAUUGUGGGACAUGAUUUCGGCGCUGUUAUCGGAUGGUUUUUCGCUCAUACGCAUCCAGAAAAUGUGGAUCGAUUUGUGUCGGUGUCGGCAUCUCAUCCCAAUCUGAUGUGGGAUAAUCUACAGUCAAAGUCACCGAUCAAUGACUACUGGCUGAAAUUUAUUCAGCUACCAUAUUUGCCAGAGAUUGAAAUGACGCGGGCCGAUUCGAAAUUCAUUGAACGCGCAUUACCACAUCUUAGCAAAGGGACGUACAAUCAAACCGAUUCACCCAUUCAGCAAAUACCAAACAAACUCGAUGCAUAUAAAUAUGUGUUCAGUAGAAAGAGCGAUUGGUCCGGGCCGCUAAAUUAUUAUCGAAAUCUACCCUUUUAUAAAAUAGUCGCAGGCGAAACGAUACGAUGCCCCUGCCUAAUUAUAAUCGGUGGCGAAGAUAAUUAUUGCCGCUUGGAUUCGGUGGUCCGCAGCACGGAAUACUGUGAUAAUUAUACCGUCAAAAUUAUUGAAAAUACUGGUCAUUGGCCGCAUCAAGAGAUGCCCGUUGAAUUCAAUCGAGUCGUGUUGAAAUUUCUCGUCGGUCAUCGUGCAAAUCCGAAAAUCGAACCGAUUGACAAGGUGAACAAUCGAGGAAUAAUGGGAAGAAUGUUAGGUGCGGUAUCAAACAGUGUUAAAAUCGGAACUUAUGUUCUGGACUCCGUGCAGCAACGAACAAACGAUGUUAUCCAAAGUGCUUUACAUUAACGUCAAUAAUACAUAGCAAAUGAAAUUACUAUAAAUGAGAUAAGUCUUCACUAGAUAGUUCCAAUUUUUUUUUCCCUAAUUUUAGUAAUAGUCCCAGAAUUCAAUUGUACCAAUUAUAUCGAUAAAUUACGUAUAGGAAAUGAAGUGCAUAUUUGUUAUCCGGUAUUGUUGAUUGCCGGCAGAAGAUAUUUAGACAAAAUCCUGAAAAAUGGAACUACAAACUACUAAGUAAAAUGCCAAAAUAUUGUGUUGAUUGAACUUCUUACUUGCAAUUUAUUCCUAACCAUGUCGCUCCUUUGUUACAAUGCAUUAUAACAACUUAGUUUAUUAAGUGAAUCCACUAUUUAUAAAUAUGUAAAUGAUGAAA